AUGUCCAUUUUGUCCACUAUUGUGUUCGAUGAGUGCUACACUGUAAAGUGUCAUACAUAUGGCCUAGCCACUUCGUUCGAGGCCGAAUUUGGAUCAGGGGGCCGUUUGGUCGUCUAUUGUGCAGAGUACGAUGCGCUGCCAGACAUUGGCCAUGCAUGCCUCCACAACUUCAUUGCUGCUUCGUCCGUUGCGGCAUUUAUUGGCCUGGCUAGAGCACUCAAAGGCUCAUCUGUCGAAGGCCGCGUACGCAUUCUAGGUACACCAGCUGAAGAAGCACUUGGCGGCAAGAUUGAGCCGCUUCAAGCUGGGGCCUUUGCGGAUGAUAUCGCGGCCACCCUGAUGCUUCACCCACUUGCGAGUCGUUUUUUGCCGCAGGGUGUCAUGGGAAACGCGGGUUCCCAGUUAAUCGCUAAUGCCGGUGCAGCGCCAUGGAAUGGCUUGAAUGCUCUAGACGCGGCGGUAGCCACUUAUACAAGUCAUAUUCGUCCAAACGAGCACAUCAACGCCAUUAUGGAGGGCGGUGGAAUAGCAGUCAGCAUAAUUCCUGCCAAGUCAAGAAUGGUAUUCGGGAUUCAAACCCCAACUUGGCACAGACAAAGGCGCUCGUGCAGCGAUCAUGAGUUUGUAAAUGUCAUGGCAGCAAUGGGCACCAAGUUUAUCGCUCGGAGUGAUAAGCCCUUCACAGCUUCGACAGACAUGGGCAACGUGUCAUAUCAGUUACCAGCUUCCAUGGCAGCUUCAGCAUUGCGGUGCGAGACGGCGCGACGGUGCAUCAAGAGCCGUUUACAGAAGAAGCUCCCUGCGCCGGAAGCAUUUGAUGUAGCAAUGCACUGUGCCAAAGGAUUGGCACUUUUAGGGUGGAAAGUUCUUCGUGACGAUGGUGUCGCUACAGAGGCGAUGAGAGAUUUCAACGAAAAGGAAUGA